ACUUUUUCCAACUUCUUGGUUGACGGCACUGUUGUGUUUUUUGUUCAAAUCAACUUCCUCUUUCGUUAUAUGAAAUAUGGAUGUACCCACUUUUAUUCUGCACUCUGCAGACACUGAGUCUGUGAUUUCCGAUGAUGAUUCAUCUUAUUAUUUUGAUGGUAGUGUCGAGCAAUUGACGCUUCGAAAUCAGGAAUACUCUGAUGAUAACAGGAUGCAACGAAGAGCCCCGAUUCGUCGGAAAUCUGCGCUGGAUGACGACCAGACAAGUCAGGCGAUGAAACUACUCGAAAAAUACAUACGAAAAAAGUACCGCCAUUCUGUGAUAUUUAGUCAAGAUAGUGCCGACAUCGAGCAAUCGUCCACUCCAGUUGGGCAUACCCAGUCUGCGUGCCAGUUUUCACGAAAUCUAACACCUGAGCAACGCAAUGGUUUCUACUCAACACCUCUUGGUCCAGCUCCUUCCGAAUAUCACUUUCCACCAGGAUCCCCGCAAUUCAGAGAGAGCACAAUUAGAGAGGAGUUCAAACAGCAAUAUCGAGAAACAUGGGGUCACUGGUUUGUCAGAGUUGGUAAGUUUUUGUAUAAGCUCCUUGGAAUUCAAUACAUGCUACUGGCACUGAUGAUACUUGGAUACGCGUGCCUUGGCGGAUAUAUCUUCCUCACCUUAGAAUAUGACCAGCAGCAACUGGAUUUGGAAGUAGAGAAGCAAGUUAGGCUGAGUGAAUCCACGUUGCUUGCAGAGAAUUUGCUGAAAUACUUGAAACAGUGGAAUUGUGGGCAGUCAAAUGAAAAUAGAUGUUUGGAGCUAAUCACGAAAGCAUUUAUUGAAAGAUCAAUCAAAGUUGAGAGAGAUAUACGUGGCGAGGGAUGGCGUUGGGAUUUUUGGAAUUCGGUGUUCUUCUCUGCCACAAUUUUCACCACUAUUGGCUACGGAAACCUGGCUUGCAAGACAAACUUAGGUAGAGUUGCAACUAUAAUCUACGGGCUCAUUGGAAUCCCACUAAUGUUGUUUGUGCUCAAAAUUUUCGGAGAACAUUCUAUCAAAUGGGCUCAGAAAGUAAGGUACAGUAUCCGACGGUGCGUGAAGAGAUGUUUCCGGAGGAGUAAGCUUAAACGGGCGAGUACGAUUGAGUCUGUUGCGUCAGAUGAGAUGCCGUGUGAAGAAAGUGGAAUAUCGGAGGAUGAAGAGCAGAUCACCACCUUCCCUGUCAAGUGGGCUCUUUUCAUUGUGUUUUUCUUCAUGGUCGUAUGCUCGUUGAUUGUUUCAUUUUGGGAGAAGUGGGAUUUCUUGACUGCUUUUUAUUUCUUUUUUGUCUCACUCUCUACAAUUGGAUUUGGUGACGUCAUUCCUGAGCACCCGAGAACUGCCUGUGCACUUUUCGUUUUAUAUUUUGUCGGACUUGCUCUAUUCUCAAUGGUCUACGCAAUUCUGCAAGAACGAGUUGAAAAUCAAUAUAUGUGGGCGUUGGAAUUGAUUGAUCAGGAAUAUCAAGAAAAUCAAAAACAAGAUCCAGAUGAUCACUUGGAAAUCCCUACAAUAUUGCCUGAAAAUGCUGCUGGCAUGGAAGGGUGGACGAAUACAAUCGGAAAAAUGGUUUCACAAAACCCGGUUAGAUGGAGAGCAAAAAAUAGUGCUUAUAGUAUGGAGAACAUGCCCGAUCGGCCGAUUAGUGAAAGACGGUUUAGUGUCUUAUCACCUGGAGAAGCUCCACAAGCUCCACCGCCUGUACUUGGCACAUUUAUGCUUCAUAGCCUGUCUGUAAAAAAGAAGCUUCUCGCGAGAUCGGAAAGCAUUUUGAAUAGAACUGGUACAAAACGCCCCUCUACACUUUUCCCUAGCAACGAGAUGCUCUCAACAUCGGCCAGCAGUUCUCGAGGAUCACCAUGGCCACACGCAGCCGAAAUGAAUCGUCCAAAAGAGGCUACCAGGUUGGGCGAGCCGUCGGCUCUCCGUGUGUCCGCCCCCAACCUGACGAUAUCUGGUGGAAAUCGGUCGCCGUCUGGCGGCGCGCUAUCAGUGAUCACUGAGGCUAGCGAUGAAGAUACGAGGCACUUCAAAAAGCACCGAAGACCAUUGGCAAAGACUGUCUCGACAGAUGGGACAGUUUCAAACCACGGUAGUGCCGAGAGCUUGGAUCAAGUGAUGGACGAGUUGCAACUAGAGUCUCACGACCAGGCUGUCACACCCAAACCUUAUCGGGAUCCAACUACAAGCACCAGGUUCCGAAAACGAGACGAGACAGUUGUUUCGAGAGCUGAAAAAAUGCCUCUUUCCCCGAAUGAAGUGUUGGAGGAAGAGGAUGAGGAUGAAAAUGGAGAUACGUAGAACUUUGGGAUUUUAAUUUUUUUUAAAGUUUUUUCAUAACUGUGUCUGAAACUUAUGGAAACCUUUUGCAAACGAGCAGAAGCAAUUUGAAUUUUGAAAAAAGCUUAACGUUGAACAAAUAACCAAUUUUUUAUAGUCUCCCAGAUUCUAAACUCUAUGAGACUAUCCAUUUGCAUCCAUAUAAAACUAAUCCCUGCCUGUAGUAUUUUUUCGAAGCUUUGUAUUUUCACGUUCUUCUUUGUUAUCUAACCAAAUACGGUUUGGGGUUAUCCCCAAUAUUGAUGGUUUUCCAUAAAGUUCAAUCAUUUAUUAAUAUACAUAAUUCACAUCAGUUUCAAUUUUUCAAAUAAAUGGGUCUUAUAUUUCUAAA